UUAGUUGCUUAGUUACGGUUGUAGGGUCUGCAUUUGCAGAUGUCAGCUAGCUAGAUACCAGGCGUGCAAGCUAAAUUAGUUGUUUACAUGGAAUCAGACAUCAAUAAUGAUGGACGAAGGAACGGAGCUGUCGUUUACAAUCGCCCAAAUUGUUCAGCGCUUUAAAGGAACACAUUUGCAUUCCCAGCUGGAAAGGCAGGCCAAAGAAUGUUUGCACAGACCGGAUAUAAAACUUGAAUCACUGAAAGAUGACGUUCGGAAAUUCUUGAAAGUAUCUGGUUGGGAGAGGAAGCUUCAGAAUGCAGUUUGCAGAGAAUUACAUAUCAGGCCUCCCCCUGGACACCCUGCUGCCCCCCCUGAGCACACCAAAGAGCCACUGGCUUACAUGCGCAAGGCCCAGGCCAGCUGGGAGAAAAGGAUCCUGAAAAGUCUGAAUAGUAUGUGCGCUGAACUAGGGGUUCCUCUGGCCCACAAGAGGCCGCUGCCAGAACAGAGGGAGCUGUCAAACAAGUGGAACGAGAUGGGGACGGAUGAACCAGACCUGAGUAAGUUCAGGCCCGUCUACGCGCCCAAGGACUUCCUGGAGGUAUUGAUCAGCUUGAGAAACCCUAACCUUGACUACAGUGAGGAGGUGAGCUCCCAAAGCCACUGGGGUCUGAUCCAAGUGCCCCUCCACAUCAGAGACAUCCCCAAGAUGAGGGAGACUUGUCCUGAACUGACCCUGACCACCGGGCAACUGGGCAUCGACGACCACCCCCACAUCCCCUCAGAUUUGUUUGAAAGUGAACACGUUCGUCUGGGCAAGAGAGUACUGAGUGAGCAGGACAGUGCAGCAGCACAGCAGUACAGCAGACAGGGCUGCCCCACUGGCCAGAGGGCCGAACUCUGGGCCCUUAUACUCAACUCCACCAACGAGCCAGAGGACAUCAUGCACUAUGAGCAGCUGAAGGCCGGGGUCCUUCAGCAUGACUUGCUGGUGGACAACCUAAUCUAUAAGGAUGUGAAGCUCACUGCCAAUAACGACGACUACUACUUUGUGUUUGAGGAUUUCCUCUAUCAGGUCUUGCUGUGCUUUUCACGUGACACAACAGUGCUUGAGCAUUUCAAUUACAACAGUGCCACGCCGCCCAAGUCCUACAUCCAAGGCAAGGAGGAAGGGGAUGAAUACGCUGUAAUUUACCCCCCGAAUGGUGUUAUCCCAUUUCAUGGCUUCUCCAUGUACGUGGCCCCUCUGUGUUUCCUGUACAAUGAGCCGUCCAGGCUGUAUGGAGUGUUCAGGGAGAUGUACAUGCGCUACUUCUUCAGGCUGCAUUCCAUCUCCUCCCAUCCCUCAGGUAUUGUGUCCCUUUGUCUUCAGUUUGAAAGACUGCUGCAGAACCACCUGCCCCAACUCUUCUACCACCUCAGAGAAAUCGGUGCACAGCCCCUGUCCAUAGCCUUCAAGUGGAUGGUGCGUGCAUUCUCUGGAUACCUUUCCACUGACCAGCUCUUGUUACUGUGGGACCGCAUCCUUGGCUAUGACUCACUAGAGAUUGUGGCAGUUCUGGCGGCGGCCGUGUUUGCCUUCCGAGCCGAGAACCUGAUGGAAGUGACAUCACUGGCCUCCGCUGAGGCUGUCCUCGCCGACCUCUCAACACUGAAGGUCAUGCCCCUGAUCCAAAUCUUCGUCUUCGCCACGGUUAUCUAACCCUGAGAGAUGAUGAGGUGGGGGAGGGGAAGAGGCUGAGUCUUCCAAGUCGUUCCCACGCCAACACUGCCUGCCUUCCCCUCAUCCCAGACGCCAAGUCUACACGAACCGACGGAACGUGAAAAGAAGAACGAGAACGAGAAGGAGAACACAAAGGACAAACCUCUGGACCAAGCCUGACCUCCCAGUGAGGAGUGAGGUCCGGGUCGGUUGUGGAAGGACGAGCCUUUAACCGCCUGUGACAUUGCCCUCAUUACACAGACGCACCAUGUGUCACGCCACCUGUGUUAGACCCCGCUGCUGUCUCACCCUCACCGUCCCGACACGUGGAUCAUUUUACCCUGCUGUAUGCCUUACCCCAAACUUGAACCCCCUGGCUCACAUUCUCAUCUGAAGACCUCCAUACAUUUGCCAAUGUUCAUAAUCUAGCUCAGCUGCAUGCAUCGCCAAUCCAAAAUAUCGCAAACUCUUGCGUUUAGCAAAGAAAAGCUUGUUUACUUUGACCAGUCUCACGUGGCAUAGCAUUAUAGCCUAGAUUUUUUGCAUGGCAAGAGCCAACAUGCUAGCCUGUGAUUUAGUUUGUAAAUGCUGCUUCAUCUUUGUUGAUAAUCGUCAAACAGUAAGGUUGUUGUGUUGUUUGUGUUUCCCAACUGAACAAAAGGAAGAGUAAUAAUAGAUUUUACUUCCUAAGGAGAUGCUUUCCUGCUAUCCAAAGAAUUGUUCAAGCCACCGCUUCGCUUUGCCAGAAAUUCAGUUACUCUAUCACACAGUCUGCUCUCUCUGUGCCUCUAUAGGCUUCUUCCUUCACAGGUUAAUGUUAUAUUUCUGGCCAUUAGUCUGUCUUUAACCUACGUGUUAUAAUCUGUAAUGAAACGCUUCUAGAUGCUUGUAUUUAUACUGUAUAGGGCUUUGCAGAUUGCCUUUGUUGCACGGUGACAAAAAAAGAAACAUAAGAGUUACGCUUUGCCUAGUUAGAAAACAACUGGUGCUGUACCCAUGACACGUGUUUGUGCCACUCCGGAUAUGGUAUCUAGCCUGGCUCCUUUUUAGUGACCAGUAUUUAAAUUAAAUAACCAAUACGCCAGAUAGAAGAUAACCACAUUGGAAUUAAUUAACAUACCUGACCUCCUCACACUCUGCACAGUCGGUAUGUUAGCCAUUGUCUAAUUCAGCAACCAGUAUUUGGCAUCAUAGCUUCUUUGGUCCCCCUUCUUGAAUAGGGCUAGUGAUUGAUUGAUAUGUGCUGAUGUCAGUAAGAGAUUCAGACAGAAAUUCUCAGAGGGUGGUUUCUUGUUCAUUAGGAGCUGUAUUAGUAUUCACUGUGUAUAGUCCACUUAAUGGAUACCAGUUAAGUUAUCCUCACAGAUCUGAGUGAAACACUGUAGCUGUCUGCGACUCAUCGUCGGUUUGGCUCAAUGGAUCACUUCCAGCUUUUUCAGGCAAAAAUGCUAUGUCAUGCUCAACACCUGGUGUUGCCCUGGAAACAAAAAAGGUGGGUGUUGGGUGUAGCUUUCAGUUAUUGUUGUUUGCUUGUCAUCAAUACCUGUUAUACUGAAAGAAUGUACUUCUGAAUGUUUUUUUUGUGUUAUUGUUUUUUGUUGUUGUUGUUUACCCAUUAACUGUCCCAUGCCUUGAUCAAAAUGUGUAAUAUGUUACAUAUAGAUUUUUUUUUAAUGUAUUAACUAAUGGUUGAUUUCAGCCAUAUCCAUUUUAUCAUGCCUUACAGAGCUAUAUCAUGUCAGCACCACUUCACAGUAAAUGACUGGAAUGAAUUACCCCAAUAAAAGAACAAUAGCAAUUUA